AAGAAAGGCUCUUGAUGUUGGAUGACGUUCAGCAGCCGCAGCCGUAGCCAUAGUGGACACAACCAGCCUCUGGAUCGUGUUGUCUCAUCAUCAACGUACACAGUUUCUGCCUCGCGGCGCAAACAGCUAUACACUCUUUCCAUACACGUUUUUAGUGCCCAUGGCGGGCAUGAAGCUCCCCAUUGUCGUGAUCGCCCGUCUUCUUCUGCCGGCUCGCAGUUGGGCGAGUGUGGCCGAUAACGUGGCAUCCGACGUGCAGCUGAUCCAGACUCGCGUCUUGGACCAGAGCUCCGACGUGCCAGCGCACGGAUCGGCUGGUUGUGUUGACAACGAUGCAGGCGCUGUCCAACUUGCAAAAGAUCAUGCGCGUGUGGCUGAUGUCAGCGGUUGUUCGGAUGUCGGCCCGUACUGUGCCGAUUCGAACUUGUCGAGCCAAAUCAUUCUGAUUGCCAGGGUUCGGAAUUUUGCUACGAUGGUACGUGCGACAGCUGCAGCCAGUGCCAAUUCUGCUCCGAUGCUGCUUACGUCGACGAGUGUGGGCACUGCGGGCCAGGGUUCCCAUCGCACGAGACGACUCCCUGUCACUCCCAUGAAUACGUGGUCAUCAAGGGGGCGCUUACGGUGACACAUGCGUGGAAAAAUCUGUCGUCAGACGAGCAGCUGCUUUUUCUCGAGAAGAAGUUUGGCGAGCUCGACAAAGAUCAGUCUUCGACCCUGGACGUGGACGAGCUAGUGGGCGCCCUAAUCGGGCAGGACCUCGUCGCGGACGAAGCCGCCAACGGCACGCUCAACACUCCUUUUGACCAAGUGUUACUCCCCAGGGCGUCGGUGCAAGAGUUUGUGGAGAAGCACAGCGCCCAUGGCAGUGCGUUCUUGACCCUCGAUGAGUGGCUCGCCACAGCUCCUCAGCCGGCACAGCGAGCUGCCCCCCAGAAGGCAUUGCGUGGGCCUUCGUGCACCUUCGAGAGUAUCUUCUCACUUCCCAGCACCUGCUCGGAAACACAAUGGGUGAGUAACUGCGGGAACUCUUGCAAUGACGCUUGCACCUCUUGCCCGAGACUCGCGCAUACGAACUCGAGCGCUGUUGCGCGAGUUUCCCGAGAUUCGGGCUCCGUUGCGCGAACGUCUCAAGAGCUCGAGUUCUGGGGCGGAAGGCGUCGGCGUCGUUGGUGGAGUGUCGUUGUGGAUGUGGUAGAGACGGUCGUCGAUGUGGUCGUGUGCACGGUGAGCUGCGUCACCAACUGCGUGUGGUCGUGUUUCACCGAGGCAGUGGAGUAUGUGUACACGUGCGUGGUCGACACUGUCGUGAAUGUGCUCAUGAGCUUCGGAGAAUGCUUGUCAGCUGUGGUGAAUGCCGUCAACGACGCGGUUGGUGACAUGUGCGGCUUCGAUCUUAUCCCCACGAGUUGUUCCGGCGUCUGGAAUUGCAUUUCCGAGGGGGUGAGCAACGCUCUUUCAUUCUUCGAGUGUGGAUUCUCGAUACUCUUGGAUAUACUCGAGAACAUGGUCAUGGCAAAUCUUCGCUGUCUGCCGAACAUCGCCGACGGCAUCAGGGCGGCCCUGUUUCCUCCCGAAGCGAUAAUUGCUACUACGGUUUUCGAGGCUUUGUGGGAUUUCGGCGAGAGGGUCGUGAACGGGAUCUACUCAGAAGCUGCGGCUGUGAACAUCGACUUCUGUUGGAACUCAGCCCCCACCGCCGAAUUCACUGACUGUGGUGCCUUCGAUUUCGUCAGCAGCAUGACCUUUUGGGACGUGCUGGACGUUUUCGGGAUGGCCCAGCGUUUCGCGGAUACCGUGGCGAAGUUCACUAAUUGCCUCACCAAGACUACCAGCCUCCCCGGGCUUAGUUUCGGCAUCCCCACUCCCUUCCUGAACGUUGAUUGGACAGGGGGCUCGUGGUGUGCGCCAAGCUUUGUCCAAACUGCAGCCAAAGGAGUCAUUGGCGUGUUCAGGUACAUAUCUUCAGGACGGAUGCUCGAUGACCUAAUCAUCGUAGGUGACAACCUCCUCACCAAUCUUCAGACGAGGCUGGAAGCAGUGUUCUGUGAUGAAGGAGACUUUACCAUCACAUUGGGCGUCGACCUCCAGUUCGGAUACGUAGUGCUUGGAAUCAAGGGUCAGGCUGGAUGCCUCAAUGGAAAAUUCGCCGCCAAGAUUGUCGGGUUUGUUACGGGCCGAAUUUCCAUCUUCGGUUCGCCGUACACGUGGGAGCCAUCUGCCUCCGCGUUCUUCAGUAUCGGAUGUACGGCGGGGCCCUCCAGCACGGAGUGGUCGUAUUGGGAGUCGGCUCUGACGGGCAUCCUGGCGUUCGAUAUUGUCUCGGGGGCGGUUUCUCUGCCUCUCUAUCCAGAGCCGAAGCUCGAGUUUGGCUACUCGUUCUCGAUCAAACUCUGGCCCCAACCAGCCCCGCCCCCACGCCUGUCGGAGAGGGAGUUCAACAAGACAUCGCUGCUGCCGGCGCUGCGCCUCCUCUCCAGGGCCACCUCUGAGCCCAGCUUCGGUGAAGACGUCGAGAGCAAGUUCCCAGACCCCAAGCCGAUCCUCGAGGGGGCCCGCAACGGGUCGCUCCAGAGGUCCAGCAUGAACAGGAGUGCCGGUGACUUCGCCGGCAGAAUCGCCAUCUCCGUCACGAAGAGCUUCUGCUUUACUUGCGACGGUUUUGGGUCGGAGCCUGCCUGGGUCACGGGCCUCUCCAACAUGGCUCAGAAGUUCUCCUGCGCUGUGAGCCAGGCGAUGGCGGGAGCCUCCUGGGGUGCGCUGAGCCUCGCCCAGUGCUUCGCCCGGGUGACGCAGUGGGAGGCGGCCGGGAACUACUGCGAGUACUUGUACUCCGACUCGCCGAACGACGGCUCCGGCAGCCUGGGGACCACUUGCGCAUGCAUGCCGCCCAAUGCGAUGUCUUCUGGGGCCUGUUACGCAGCGGUUGGAACCAGGGCCAGCGAGGGGUCCGCGCAGUUCGUGACCUACCGGCAUCAGAGGCUGACUUGCGAGACUGGGAGCGGAGCGGCAUGCAAGACUUGUGUCACGCCUCAGGACCGAGUGGUGAGAGACCAGUGUGAGACCUGCAACGACGGCCACAUCCUGCUCGGCUACGUGUGCUCGGCCUACACGCCGUCGCCGACGCCAAAUCCGACGACGUAUCCGACGCCAAGCCCGACCCCAUAUCCAACGCCAUAUCCGACGCCGUAUCCGACGCCGUAUCCGACGCCGUAUCCGACGCCGUAUCCGACGCCAUAUCCGACGCCAAGCCCAACCCCAGAACCGACGCCAAGCCCAACGCCAUUGCCACCAGGUGCCACGCAUGUUCCGACGCCAAGUCCGACGCCAGAGCCGACGCUGUAUCCGACGCCAAGCCCGACGCCAGACCCGACGCGGUAUCCGACGCCCAGCCCGACGCCAGACCCGACGCGGAAUCCGACGCCAAGCCCGACGCAAGAGCCGACGGCGACCACGGCGACUUGUGUGGACGUUCCUGGGUGGGGGAGCCGUGAUGGUACACCUUGCUCCUGGUAUAACACGGGAAAUCGUUGCACCACGUCUGGAGGCUAUGGAACAGGGUGGAGUUCUGGAUGGGGCACAUUUGCAGAUUGGGCGAACGAUGGAUAUGACGCUUCGACAGCAUGCUGCGGUUGUGGCGGGGGCACGUCACCGACUCGUUGCCAGUAUAUCGAGAUCCCUUCAAAUACAUUCGGGUAUGUUCAAUUGCCGUAUAGCAGCAACAUUCGAGCUCUGUCAAUGUGGUUUGCGCCGUACAAGGAUGCAGGCUAUCACUGGGAGUACUUAUUCGAUGCACGUACUGGAUUGGGCUCUGGAUGGUUCUCUUUUCUGGACUGGUCGUCUGGCAGCGCGCGCAUCAACAAGGGCGGCAACUGGCGUGACACGGUAUACGUGAACGGAGUUGCCGCUACCACAAGUACCCUCGUUGCGAGUGUCAAUUCUGCAACAACCACCUAUGCCCCGUGGGUUCACCUUUACGUCUCGUCAGGCACAACUUUCGGCGACGAUAUAACGGUGUUCGCCCGAUAUUCGCUCACAGAGAAUUUGCCAGGAAAGAUUCAUUCCUUGGAGCUGUGGCCGUCCGAGUUGUCCUCGUCUGACAUUGUGGCCGCGGCUUCGGGACAGACAACAUCAGUAACGCCCACCCGCUCCUAUUCCGCAGCGGACUUAAGGCUGUACAGAUCGGGGACCGCGUCGCUCGUCGCCAAUGCGGUCGGUACGGCGCAGUGCCCGCCAAGCCCAACGCCGCCCUCGACGUCGUAUCCCACGCCGAACCCGACGUAUAGCCCAACGGCACACCCGACGCCGACCCCGACGUACAGCCCAACGGCACAUCCGACGCCAAACCCGACGCGCAGCCCGACGGCACACCCGACGCCAAACCCGACGCGCAGUCCGACGGCACACCCGACGCCAAACCCGACGCCAUUUCCGACGCCAAGCCCGACGUCAAGCCCAACGCCGUCUCCGACGCAAUACCCGACGCCAAGCCCGACGCCGUCUCCGACGCCAAGCCCGACGGCAAGCCCGACGCCAUCUCCGACGACAAGCCCAACGGCAAGCCCGACGCCGUCUCCGACGCAGUAUCCAACGCCGAGCCCGACAGCAAGCCCGACGGCACAUCCGACGCGGACCCCGACGUCUGCGCCCACCUACCCCCCGCUUGGGGACGUGCAUGCAUCGGGCAUUUGUAGCUGCUCCAGCCCCCCCUGCGGAUGCAAUUGUUGGGAUUGCACAGCAGAGCGUCAAGCUGCUGGAUGCUGCAGCUGCGAAGCGGGGUCGAGUUGCGGUUAUGGCGAUACGAUGACUUUGUGCGACGGUUGCAUGGGUUGUUGGUACAAGGGCAAAUGUGGUUGCAGUACGGAUUCGGUUACUUGGCCCUUCUAUGAGGUGUUCGGUCUCACGUGCUCGAGUGAUGCAGGCAGCUACUUGUCCUACCACGCAGUGCCACCGACGCCAAGCCCGACGCCGAGCCCGACGCCAAGCCCGACACCGUUGCCACCCGGCGUCACGUUGUCUCCGACCCCGAGCCCGACGCCAAGCCCGACGCCAAGCCCCACGCCAAGCCCGACGCUUUCCGAAACUCAGAAAACUUGCGGCUGCCCGAGCCCACCCUGUGGUUGCAACUGUUGGGAUUGCACAGCAGCGCGCAAAGCAGCUGGAUGCUGCAGCUGCGACGAUGGCUGUGGUUACUUCGAUCUUGCAAAUUCUACGUGCAACGGCUGCAAUGGUUGCUGGCACGGCGGCCUGUGUGGUUGCAGUGCAGAUUCGUCAACCUGGCUCUACUAUCGGGCAUUCGGUCUCACGUGCUCGAAUGAAACGGGCAGCUACCUCUCCAAUUACGCACGGAUUGCUGGCGAGUACUCUGCGGAGGAAUCUCUUCCAGACGGCGUCACUGCGGAGGACCUUAUGAGUUCCACCACUUACGUGUCCGCCAAGAAGACUGGUCUGGCUAAUACUCUGAACGUGUCUGUUUCCGACGUUGAAAUCACUGGCUUCGCCAUCACGACCCAUCCCGAUCGGCUCCUCGCUGCUGUCCGGCAGCUCUCGCGGGACUCGCACGUCACAGUGACCACGAGCUUCACGGUGCAGAUCGUCGGCAGCAACAGCGCCGCGUCCCUCACUUCCGCGAUUGCUGUCAUGGCUGACACCAUUGAGGCCGAGACGAACCAAGCUAUGGCUGCUUCUGACUGGAGUGCUGAACCCCUUAUCACUGUGGCCCCCACGCUGACCGCUCCCUCCGUUGGCGCAGCGGGCUCGACUGCGGGAGUUACCACUGCUCCUACGCCGGUUCCCGUGAUCGUGGGGGCCAGCAUGGGCGCCGUCGCGGGCACCGGCGACCCGCACCUGCAGAACAUCCUCGGCGAGCGCUUCGACCUCAUGCAGGCCGGCAGGCACCUCUUGGUCCAGAUCCCGAGGGGCGCGCGCACCGAGGGCACCCUGCUGCGCGUGGAGGCGGAGGCGCAGAGGCUCGGCGAGUUGUGCGCGGACAUGUACUUCCAGGAGCUGAACCUGACGGGAAAGUGGGCGGAUGAGAAGCAGGCUGGCGGUCUCCAGUACCGCGCGGCAGAGGAUGUCACGCAGGAUCCCAAGUGGGUACAGUUUGGGAGAGUGUAUCUCAAAGUCGCGCACGGACGCACGCUGGGGGGGAUCCGCUACCUCAACGUCUACGCGAAGCGCUUGAACCGCGCCGGGUUCUCUGUCGGAGGCUUGUUGGGCGAGGACGAUCACAGCAAGGAAGCGACCACUCCUAAAGGCUGCAAGCAUCGUCGGAUGAGUCUCUUGGAAACAGACGGCGGCCCGAGCAGGCUCGCCGUCUCUAGCAUGGAACCCAGCUGGGCCAGCCUGGAGUAGGGUUCCUCGUCGUCGUCCUCCUCUUCUCACUUCUCGUCCUCAACCUCUUCUCACUCCUCUUCCCUUGACCGCAUGUGCUCCGCUCGCUGGCGUGACAGCACGUGCACCUCGUUGCAUAUCCAUAAGUUCGGCUGACAAUCGUUUUCAGCCAUGCUUUCCGACGAGGGUCUCUUCUCACUCCUUUUGCUCGCCUCCCCCUCUUCUUCCUCCUUGCUUCCUCUUACUUAUCAAUGGCUCCUGCUCCAGCACAGGCGUGGAGCACGCAGCACAUGUGGGUCACUUUGGCGCUGCGGAUUGACAGAGGAUACGCUCCUCCGUCCUCUGGCGCUGGAUACGCUCCUUCUUGACAUCCGAAAACGAUAACUCAUCCUGCUGCUGCUCCUCGUCCUCCCCAUGCUCGCAUCCCCUUUGUGCUUCCAGAGCCGAGCAGCUGUCUCGCUGCGGGAUGCAGCCCAUGGCUUGGGAUAAUUGUUUACACUCCGCGAAUCCCGGCGAACCCAUCCAGACCCCUCCGAG